AUGGACUGAGGUGGUAACCAUGAGGGGUGUGUGAGAGGCUAGGCUGGGGUAGGGUCCGGUCCCUUGGGCUCAGGAGCAAAAUCGUGAGGUGGCAACCUGCAGGCUGGGCUGGCAGGAGCUUGAGAGCCCGCUCACGCCCACCCUCACCGCCUACUGCCGGUGUUCCCGGAUGCACUGGGGCCCGGCGCCCACACUUUACCCUCUGUCCCUUCUCCCACCAUUGGCAUCAAAUCCUGGUGCGGUAGGUAGCAAUGGUUAAUACUGCAGGCAGCCACGUGUUCUCCUGCUGCCAGCCCGCAGGAAGCGCAAGGGAUGUUUUUGCUGGGUGAACUCGAGGGCUAUCCAAAUCCCAGUAAUCCAUCCCACCCCGCUCCUCCGCAACGCAGGAGGUGAUCAACCAAUGUCUUUCAGAAGAAAGACUGUUAAAGGUGUUAGAGUAAAGAAGCCCUUAACGGUCAUUCCCGGAGCAGCAGCGGCCACUACAAUUCCUGUCGGAGCCUUGCUGCCGGUUGCAGGGAAGUGCAGGCACAAGCUGACUCUGCGGCGGCGCUCCGGGCGUGCGGAGCGCAGGCAGGAGAGGCCAGCUGGCCCUUCCAGAGCCUCCAGGAUCGUAGGAAACAUUCGUGCGGGCACCUUUCCGGGAAAUUAUUUGGAUAAGGUCAGGUGGUCCGCCACGUGAGCGAUUAAAAGUUGUUACCUUGGGGAAGAAAUGGGGGAAGAAAAGGACUGGCUUUUGGAGGUGAGCUGGAAACUACAAAACCGAGCUUCUUGGGAAUGCCUCUUGGUCUAACAGGAAGUGGAGCGUCACCGAGAGGGGUGGCCACUCGGGGACUGUCCCCUGCUCCAGGCACUCACUUUGCAGGCGGCGCUUUUUUCAGGGCUGUCAGUCCAGCGAAUGAGGAGGGGUAGAUGCAUACUGCUUGGUUUCGAGGGCUGGGGGGAAAUGAGCCAGCGAGACGCCCCUUCCGUUUUAUGAUAACCAAGCUGCCAGCAAAUAAAUCGGCCGCCCCACUGCAAUAUUCUGCACUCUAGUCAUUUAAUGGGUGUCUACUAUAUGCCAGGUUUUGUGCUGGGCACUGGAAAUACAAAGCCAGUGAACCAACCAAAGGGAAAAGGCUGGUGAUUCCCUACAGUGUUUGAUGAGGUUGGCAGGAUCUUAAAGCCAACCUGCUCUCCUGAACUCUGCAGCAGGAAGGUUGGAACCCCAACACCAGCCAGCAUGUGUUCCAAGAGAGCCUGUCCCCAUCAAUCACUGAAGCCGUAAGGAAAAUUGUUUUUAAAAAUUAGACUUUAACACGAUGAGGUGUUGCCACAUCUGCAAACUUCCGGGGAGAGUCAUGGGGAUCCGAGCGCUCCGGUUCUUGUUGGUGGUCAUCUUGGUGUUACUGCUGGUGGCUGGAGCUUUGAACACUUUACUUCCCAACGUCAAAGAAGACAAGAUGCUCAUGUUGCGCAGGGACCUCAAAUCCCAGGGCAAGUCCGCCCAGGAUUCCUUUACCCUGAUCAUGCAGACGUACAACAGAACAGAUCUCCUGUUGAGAAUUUUGAAUCAUUACCAGGCAGUACCACAUCUGCACAAAGUGAUUGUGGUGUGGAACAAUAUUGGGGAGAAGGGACCAGAUGAGUUAUGGAAUUCCCUAGGGCCUCAUCCUGUCCCUGUGAUCUUCAAACAACAGACAGCAAACAGAAUGAGAAAUCGACUCCAGGUCUUCCCUGAACUGGAAACCAGUGCGGUGUUAAUGGUAGAUGAUGACACGCUCAUUAGUGCCCAGGACCUCGUUUUUGCUUUCUCAGUUUGGCAGCAAUUUCCUGAUCAAAUUGUAGGAUUUGUUCCUAGAAAGCACGUCUCUACUGCAUCAGGUGUGUACAGUUACGGAGGUUUUGAACUACAAACAUCAAGUCUUGGAAAUGGUGACCAGUACUCCAUGGUGCUGAUUGGAGCCUCAUUCUUCAACAGCAAAUAUCUUGAACUCUUUCAGAAGCAGCCUGCUGCGGUGCAUGCUUUGAUAGAUGAAACGCAAAACUGUGAUGAUAUUGCCAUGAAUUUUAUCAUUGCUAAGCAUAUUGGGAAGACUUCGGGUGUCUUCGUGAAACCUGUACUCAUGAGCAAUAUGGAAAAAGAAAGCAACAGUGGCUAUUCUGGGAUGUGGCAUCGAGCCGAGCACUUUCUCCAGAGGUCGUAUUGUAUAAAUAAGCUUGUUAGUAUCUAUGAUAGCAUGCCCUUAAAAUAUUCCAACAUUAUGAUUUCCCAGUUUGGUUUUCCAUUUGCCAACCACAAAAGUAAAAUGUGAAAGUAUAACAAAAACAAACCUGAAAACUGCUUGGUCUUUGAGUAGCUCCCCCAUGCUUUGUAUUUUUUUCUUUUAAGCAACAUCAUGAACUUUAUCUACUGCAGAAAGGUCUACAGUACGGAAUAAAAGCAUGGUGCAUCUAGGAUAUAAGAAUCAUGAAACUUCACAAACCAAGAAGCUGCCCAUCUUAUUCAGACAGACCUUCUCUUGAGGAGUUUCUAUCGGGGAUAAUAAGACCUUGAUCAGUGAUUUUAUUGUUUACAUCCUGAGACUGUUCUAUGAUUUUUUUUGACUCUUGGCAUUUGCCUUAAGGACCUGUAGCAAGCUCUUUCCAGGAUUAGAAGCCCAAGAGAAGCAUAUCUGCACUUUUUCACUAAAGGUUGAUUGUUUUAAUUUGAAGCCUGAAAAUGCCUCUUUAGCAAAAGCCUGUAUCGUUUGUACAAGCCAUGUGAAAAUACUCUUUAGUCCUGUGUGAAAACGAGGAAAAAUUGCAGCUACCAGUGCUUUUGUGGUCCUUCCAACCAACUCCUCGAAGACUUAACAGCCCAGCACUGUUUUGAUGCAACUGUGUACUUUCAUUUUUGUUGAUAAGUCCAUCAUAACUGAGAGGGUUAAUUUUAGUGGCUAAAGGAUAUAUAGUUGUUUGCUUGAUUUUUGUGAACAUUUACUGCAUGGAACACAAAACAAUGCAGCCUGUGUUUCUUUUAUACAGCUUUGUAUGCAGCCAGGAUACUAAAUGUGUUACUAGAUUCUGACCCUCAGAAUGUACAUUCUUAUAUUUUACAUAAAGUGUGUGUUAUUUAAGAAACGUGUAAAAAAAAUUCUGAGAGAAUAAAUAAUUAGGAACUGGCAGAAAUUAAAACCCUUAAUAUCAAAAGAUCUUUACUGUUACGGCAUGGAUUAUCUCAUGGAUACUAAAAAGUUGUGUGUAUUACACUGUAGAAUGUGAGGUGGCGGGGCCCCCAUACCUUGGGAGAACGUCCAAGGGAUGAACUCCCCUCAACUAACCCUCCUCAGCAGAUAACAACGUAUUUUCUCUAAGCUCCAACUUUUAACCCAGCAGAAUAAAAACACGUUUUCCUUUAAA